AUGUGCACAUGCACACGAUUUGUGCAAAUAGCAGGUGGGCAUGACCACUGCACACGCAAGCUUGCCUGCCGCUUCUGUGGAAUCAUCCCUCCCCUCCGGUCCGCAAAGCUGGAAAGAUUGGAGAACUCUGAUACAGGUGAUAUAGAUAUAGAUAGGAAAAAAUCUUUCCUGUUUUCUGCUCUAUAUGCUGCCUUUAUAUUCGGUGGUCGGCAUCUAAUGAACAAAAGAGCAAAAUUUGAACUAAGAAAACCAUUAGUUUUGUGGUCUUUGAGUCUCGCAGUUUUCAGUAUAUUUGGUGCUGUUCGAACGGGUGCUUAUAUGGUAUAUAUAUUGAUGACCAAAGGACUGAAGCAAUCUGUUUGCGACCAGAGUUUUUACAAUGGACCAGUCAGCAAAUUCUGGGCGUAUGCAUUUGUGCUAAGUAAAGCACCAGAAUUAGGAGAUACAAUAUUUAUUAUUCUUAGGAAACAGAAGCUCAUCUUCCUCCAUUGGUAUCAUCAUAUUACAGUACUACUAUAUUCUUGGUACUCUUACAAGGACAUGGUGGCUGGUGGUGGCUGGUUUAUGACCAUGAACUAUGGAGUACAUGCAGUCAUGUACACAUAUUAUGCCUUGCGGGCUGCGGGCUUCAGAGUAUCACGCAAAUUUGCCAUGUUUAUCACCUUGUCACAGAUUACACAGAUGUUUGUUGGCUGCAUAAUCAACUACCUGGUUUUCGCCUGGAUGCAACAAGGCCAAUGCCACUCACAUGUUUACAACGUUGUUUGGUGUUCCCUCAUGUACCUCAGCUACUUUGUGCUUUUCUGUCAUUUCUUCUUUGAGGCAUACAUUGGCAAAACAAGGAAAGCAAGGAAGGCUGAGUAACGCUAGGAAUACUGCUAAGCCACCACUCAGCUCAUCGACCAAACCAGAAACACAAAGCAAAACAAAAUGGCACAAGAAAAACCAUUUAUAUAUGGUGCAAGUAAAACUCAGCAGCUGUGGACAGAUAGGUUUGUUCAAACCAAUAAAUUUAUGAUCAUGUUAUGGUAAGGACUCAAGGAAUGAUCUUACAUCUUAGCAGGCUGCUGUAAGACAUCUUCUUUCUUGCAUCUCUUAAAAGAAGCAAUCUUGCAUUCAGAAAAUAAAAGGAGAAGAAGGUCAGAAUUUUGCAAAAUAAAAUAUUAAAAUAUAUGGUUUCCCCGA